CUUAUUAUUUACGAUGAUGUGUUUUCACAUUCUUAAAUGGCCUGUGGUCCCAAUUUGUGUAAUUGGCAUUCAUCCAGGAGAGCAAAAGGCGAGCCGUCACAUCAUCCCAGACAGCCAAUCAGGGGCCAGAGCGCUGCCACGGGGCGGAGCUCGCGCGGAGAAGGCAGCGCAAUUAAACAGAGGGGAGCGCAAUUUAAAUCCAAAACAUCUCAGGACGCGCGCUGAGCGGCGGGACACACACACACACACUCUAGUCUCAGCGGGUGAGUGACGGAGAAGUGUCCGGGGCUGUGAUAUCGGCGUCCGGUCAAGUUGAAGUGGAGCGUCGCAGGAAAGCAGGUCUCCAAAGUGCGCACGGCGCGUCAGCGGAGCCGCGGAACGACGCGCACCGGAGCUCUGUGGCGUUUAUGGGGGUUUUUUUUUGUGGCGAAACUAAAAAAAAAGGAAGAAGAAGACGUGUCGAGUUUUUCUGAUCAUUUUAUCCUCGUGACUUUCUUUCCUGCGUCGCAGCGAUGGGAUGGUUCUGUUUAAUCGGAUUAUCGCUGCUCUAAACUCCGAGAGGCGGUGACAGCCGCGGCUCCACCGGGGGACUGCCGUCCCUCCGCAGCCGCCCGCAGCGCUUCUUCUCCGGUCUCCUCCGAGCUGCAGCGGUCGUUCAUAUGAGCGCAGCGUUCAGCCCGUCCUUCAUGGUGAUGCAGCGGCCACUCGGAAGCACCACCGCCUUCAGCAUCGACUCUCUGAUCGGGGGGCCCCCGCAGCCCAGCCCGGGACACUUCGUCUACACUGGCUACCCGAUGUUCAUGCCGUACCGGUCGGUGGUGCUCCAACCGCCGCCCCCGCCGCCCCCGGCCCUGCAGCAGGCUCUCCCCACCGGCCACCACCCGCACCCGCAGAUCCCCAGCCUGCAGGGCGGCUUCUGCUCCAGCCUGGCGCAGGGCCUGACGCAGGGCAUGGCGCUCACCUCCACGCUCAUGGCGUCGCUGCCCGGCGGCUUCUCCCCGUCCCAGCAGCACCAGGAGGCGGCCAGGAAGUUCGGCUCGCAGGCGCUGCACGCGGUCUUCGACAAAACUCAGGAGCUGCGGCUGGACGCGGAGGACGGGAAGGGCUUCCUGCAGGGGAAAGAGUCCGCGGCGCUGCAGGCUUUCCACGACACGGACACGGCGGUGCAAACAUCCACAGUCAGAGCACACAGUAAAGAAGACUCGAAGGAGGACGAGUGCGGCCGGAAGGAUGAGAGUUUCUCCAUGGACAGUGACUUGGACUACAGCUCUGACGACAACCUCACCUCCAUGUGCCACAAGGAGGACGGGGACGGCGGCGGAGGCUUGGAGGACGGCCCGCACAUGCACGGCUCCGGCGGCGGCGGCGGCUCCGGGGCGGGCGGCGGCGGGGGGAGCGGCGGCGGCGGCGGCAAGAACCGGCGGCGGCGGACGGCGUUCACCAGCGAGCAGCUGCUGGAGCUGGAGAAAGAGUUCCACUGCAAGAAGUACCUGUCGCUAACCGAGCGCUCCCAGAUUGCGCAUGCGCUGAAGCUGAGCGAGGUGCAGGUGAAGAUCUGGUUCCAGAACCGGCGCGCCAAGUGGAAACGGGUCAAAGCCGGGAACGUCAACAACAAAUCCGGGGAGCCGUCCCGGAACCCCAAAAUAGUCGUUCCCAUCCCGGUGCACGUGAGCCGCUUCGCAAUAAGGAGUCAGCACCAGCAGAUGGAGCAGGCCAGACCGUAGAAGAAGAGGAGAGUCCGGAGCCGCCUGUCAUGUGACUGAAUCCCGUGUUGCUUUUUCUGUCCAGUUCUUUAUUUCCACAAGUUUCAGGUUUUUCACUUUCAUUUAAAACAAUAAUCUAACUGAAGAUGAAAUAAAUUCAAUCUGUGGUUUAUUUUACUUCCUUCGCUUUGGCGUGAAAUCAGAUUUUAAGGAGACACGUGGCGCCGGGUGACGUAUUAAAGUUUAUCAUCAAAUGAAGCUGAGAGUCUUACAGACCCGGUUACAAAAACACGAUCAGAUGCGUUCAAAUCUAACAGGAAAGAGCAGAACUGAGAAAUCAUCUCAGUGAAAUCCGAUUUUUUAAAAAGUUAAUAAUAAACAGUAAUUGAUGGUCAUGUUAUUGCAGUGCACUUAAAAAAACAGGGUCUAAAAAAAAUAGAUUUUAAGAAAAAAGAAAUAAAUUCCUUUAUAGUUGUAUUUGUUUUAGGGGUUUCAGACUUAAAGUCAAUUUGUUUUUAAUUCGGAAAAAAGAUAAAACAUCUCAUGAAUCUAAAAAACAAAAUAAAUCAGCAGAUUGCUUUUUAAAGAUGGACGUUUCUGAAAGGUCACGUUAACAAAUCUUUUAAUCCCAUGUUUGAGUCUGACAGUGUAAUUGUGAGGAAACUGUGGAAGUGCGUUUAGAAAAAUUCCACUUUUUCCCAACGGAGUUUGGUUUUAAUCACUGAAAAUGACGUUUGAAUUCCAGAAACCCAUUGAAAUGAAACAGAUUCGUUUUGUCAGAUGAUUUUCAGGCUUCAUCGUUUUCUUCUUUACAGGAAAUUUAAAAAAACAAAACAUACAUUUCAAGCCUCAACACGAGACUCAGUGACUGCUUCAGCUGGACAUUUCUCUGCAGGAGGAACCGCAGUAUUCAAAUCUAAUCUUUUUGGAGCGACACCAAAAACUGUGCGUAAAGACGCGGAGCGGUGACGCGCCGCUGAGGAGGAGGAGGAGGAGGAGGAUGAAGAGACAGACUGGCAGGUUGCUUCGGCGACACGUUGACCAACUCCUCCCCCACAUGUAAACACACACCCGGGACCAAACUGAGGACAUGAAGUGUAGAUGUCACCACGAACGGACGGCGCGUUGUUUUAAAACACUGUUCUUGAUUUCCAAACAUUUGGGUUUUUCUGAACUUCCUGUCUGUGCUACUGAAGAUUUUAAAACCUCUUCCCUCUCUUUGCUUCAUUUCAUCUUAUUAUUUUUUUAUUUUAUUUUAUUUUUCUUCUUUUGGACAAAAUGACGCUGCUAAUUUAUUUAUAUAAAAAGUGUGCAAAAGUAACUAACAUUCCCUGAAGUAUGGAGUAAAAACAAAAAACAAACAAAAAAAAAAAAAGAUGUGAAUUAAAAGACGAAACGUGACCAGAUGUUAA